CGCACGGCGCCCCUCCCGCCGGCGGCCCCCGCUCCGGCGGGCGGCCCGGCGGCCCCGGCGACCACCACGCCGGCGGCCGGCGGCGAGGCCGCCGCCAGCGUGCGGCUGGCCGACGCCGCCGCGGGCGCGGGAGCCGCCGUGCUCGGAGUCGCCGCGCCGACAGGACAGGGCCGCCUCCCGUGGAUCGCAGGAGCUGGCGCUGCGGGGGCGCUGGGGCUCGGCGUUGCGGGCUCGCUGGCGCUGGCGCUUGUCCGGCGCUCGCGCGGCGCGGGCGCCGCGAGCGACUCGGAGCCGUGCAGCGACACCGGCGCGGAGACGGACUCGUGCAGCGGCAGCGAGGGCCUUGGCGCCUGA